AUGGAAUCGAAGGAAGAUGAUCGCCGGUGCAAGCGCAACGAUGGUCAAAAGUGGCGGUGCAGGGAAACGGCGUCGUCGGGGAAGUCGUACUGUGAAAAGCACUUGGCGCAGCUCAAGAGUAAGACUAAGAAUAAGAACAUUCAGAGAGAAAGAUCCAACGGAGACAGCGAUACCGAUAAUCCUAUGAAGAACUGUGAAAAGCACUCGGCGCAGCUCAAGAAUAAGACUAGGAAUAAGAAAAUUCAGAGAGAAAGAUCAGAUGGAGACAGCGGUUCCGAUAAUCCUGUGAAGAAUUGCAAAUUAAAGGAGGAGAAGCCUAACAAGAAGACGGAGCAGCGUGUGAGCUUGAUGUGCCACCAGUGUCAGCGGAACGAUAAGAGUGGCGUUGUCCACUGUUCUAAUUGUAAGAUAAAGCGAUUUUGCUUCGAGUGCAUUGAAAGAUGGUACCCUGGGAAGACAAGAGAGGAAAUAGCGAAGAAGUGCCCAUUUUGCUGUCGCAACUGCAACUGCAAAGAUUGCUUGCGCCAGUUUAUUAAGAAACCUUGCAACAUAAAAGUUGAGCCCAGUGUCAAAUUACAGCGGCUGAAGUACUUGCUAUAUAAAGCUUUACCUGUUCUGAGGCAUAUUCAUACUGAGCAGAGCUUUGAACUAGAGAUUGAAGCCAAAAUACAAGGUGUUCAGUUGAGUGAAAUGGACGUAACGAGAACUAAAAUAGAUCAAAGUGAACGUAUGUAUUGCGACAAUUGCUAUACAUCUAUUGUUGAUUUCCACAGAAGCUGCCCCAACCUCCAUUGUUCCUACGAUCUCUGUCUUACUUGUUGCCAAGAUCUAAGGAAAGGCUACCAACCUGGAGGUAGUGAAGCAGAAACAUCUCACCAACAAUCAGUGGAAAGAGCUCAGAAAAAAGUGACUAAAAGCGAGGACAAUACUAAUUUGAAAAGGAAAAGACAUGGCUGGGAGAGCCAAAUUACCCUUGGUGCUGAUGAUUCUAAAACUGAUGUGACUCUUUCUUUUCCUAACUGGAGAGCUAAUCCUGAUGGGAGCAUUCCAUGUCCUCCAAAAGAAUGUGGAGGUUGUGGCAAGGUAAAGCUGGAAUUGAGGCGCAAAUGUAAAGCUAAUUGGGUAACAAAGCUGUUAAAAAGUGCAGAGGAUGUUACUAGUGACUUCAAGAAGCAAGAUGUCGAUAUGUCCCAACGAUGCUCCUGUUGCCAGCCGAAUGAUUCCGAGGAAAAUAAUAACCUACAGUCUGAAGUGAGGCAGGCGGCAUUCAGGAAAAGCAGUGAUGAUAACUUCUUAUAUUGUCCAAGUGCUGUUGACAUUGCAGAUGAUGAAAUUGAGCAUUUUCAAAGGCAUUGGAUGAAUGGGGAACCUGUGAUAGUCAGAAAUGUUCUUGACAAGACAUCUGGUCUUAGUUGGGAACCUAUGGUCAUGUGGAGGGCUUUUAGAGAAACGGGUGCCAAGGUAAAGUUUAAAGAGGAGACACGAAGUGUGAAGGCCGUUGACUGCUGGGAUUGGUGUGAGGUUGAAAUUAAUAUUCACCAAUUUUUCAUGGGCUACUUAGAGGGUCGUGUACAUAAAAGUGGGUGGCCAGAGAUGUUGAAAUUGAAGGAUUGGCCCUCAUCAACUUUAUUUGAGGAGCGACUGCCAAGGCAUUGUGCUGAAUUUAUCGCAGCACUCCCCUACAGUGACUAUACUGAUCCAAAAGAUUCAGGCAUAGGUUGUCUCAAUCUUGCUACAAAACUUCCUGUUGAUUCAUUGAAACCUGAUAUGGGACCGAAAACAUACAUUGCCUAUGGAUUUUCUGAAGAGCUUGGUAGAGGCGAUUCAGUAACGAAGUUACACUGUGAUAUGUCUGAUGCGGUAAACGUUCUGACUCACACAACAAGAGUAAAGAUCGCUCCUUGGCAGCAGAAAAAAAUAGAAGGUUUGCAGAGCAAGCAUGAAGCUGAAGACUUGUGUGAACUCUACAAUGAAAGAGAUGACGACAAUGGGAGAGUUAGAGGAAAAUCAUUGAAGAAAACUCACAAACUGCAGAUCAUGAGUGCUGAUUCUGUAGAAUGUACUAAAAAUGAGAACAUUGUGGAGAGUGACCAUCUAAUGCCAAAACAGGAACAGUUGUCAGAUUCCAUGGAUCUAGGUGGCAUUGUCGGACAUGAAGAAACAGAGUAUGUUUCGGAAUCUCCUGAUACUCCGAGUCUUGAUCAUCAGAGUGAACGGAUACAAUCCACCUUGCCUCAUACAAAUGAGAUUGAAGCUGAGCAAGAACAUGUUCAAUGUUCCAGCGACAUGAUGAUUGGGAGGCUUGGUGGGAAAGAUGCUUCAGGGUUUUGUUUCUCAGGCAGUAAUACAGUUGAUGAUAUAAAAAAGUCAAACGUGAGGCAAACAAAGGAUUCUCUUGAAAGUAAUGAUGGGUUAGACGCUGCCCAUGGCGGUGCUGUUUGGGACAUAUUUCGCAACCAGGAUGUUCCCAAGUUAAUAAAGUACUUGGAUAAACACAAGAAAGAGUUUCGCCACAUUAAUAAUCAUCCUGUAGAUUCUGUUGUUCAUCCUAUUCAUGAUCAGACUCUUUACUUAAAUGAGAGACAUAAGAAACAACUAAAGGAGGAGUUCAAUGUUGAGCCUUGGACAUUUACGCAAUACCUUGGUGAGGCAGUUUUUAUUCCCGCAGGAUGUCCUCAUCAAGUGAGAAAUACACAAUCUUGCAUAAAGGUAGCACUUGAUUUUGUAUCUCCUGAAAGUCUUGAAGAAUGUCUUCGAUUGACUGAAGAGUUCCGUUUGCUCCCAAAAAACCAUAGAGCCAAGGAAGACAAAUUGGAGGUGAAAAAGAUGACACUUUAUGCUGUAAGUUCAGCUCUAAGAGAAGCCGAAAGUUUGAUGUCAAAGCUCGAACCUCGGUCAAGUUAUCUAGUGGUUCAACCAAGCAAGUUUUCUUACAACUGCUCCGACCCCAACACUCAAGACUCCACGAAGCCACAAGAGUCCCUACGUGUUCAUAAGUCAAUCUUGAAGGAGUUGCAGCUUUGUGGAUACUUCAUUGACAAUGUUGGAGCUGCUCCAUGGACAACCUUGGUUCUGAAGCCCCCAACAAUCAAUGAAGACAAGAAAAGUUGUUUUCAAAAGCAAAAGUGGAAAGUAUCGACAGUAGAUAUGAAUGGGAGCAUAUGGUGGCAAUCAAACACAAAUACAAUGAAAACGUUGUAUGGCAAGCGUGCUGAUAACUUCCCCCGUUGUUGA